AAGAGCUCUGCUCCGAAUAGAAUCUAGUUAAAGAGGCAAGAGAACCCUUCUUCUCUCCGCCGCCCGCUUGUCUCUCUCUCUGUCAUUUUCUUCUUAUCUCCUUGCACUCUUUGAAGAGAAACGAACCUCAAUAAUCAAAUCUCAAGAUGAAUCGGGAGAAGUUGAUGAAGAUGGCUACCACUGUCCGCACUGGCGGAAAGGGUACAGUAAGAAGAAAGAAGAAGGCUGUGCACAAGACCAAUACAACUGAUGACAAGAAGCUUCAAAGCACCUUGAAGAGAAUUGGAGUUAACUCCAUCCCAGCUAUUGAAGAAGUUAACAUCUUCAAGGAUGAUGUUGUUAUUCAGUUCACCAACCCUAAGGUUCAAGCUUCAAUUGCUGCAAACACAUGGGUUGUUAGCGGUUCUCCUCAGACCAAAAAAUUGGAAGAUAUCCUUCCUCAGAUCCUCAGCCAACUCGGACCAGACAACAUGGACAAUCUGAGGAAGCUAGCAGAGCAGUUGAAGAAGCAACCUCCUGGUGAAGGUAAUGCCUCAGCAACCAUCCAAGAGGAGGAUGACGAUGAUGUCCCAGAUCUUGUUGCUGGUGAGACAUUCGAAGCUGCUGCUGCUGAAGAGAAAGUAGCUGCUCCUGCUGCUUCUUCCUAGACAAAAGAGCACUUGGGUUUCUACAUCUCUUUAUAUAUGUUUGUUCUCUCCAUCCUUUUUCCUUGUAGUCUUUCCGACCAGAUUCUUCUUUCCCAGAUAAUGAUUUUAAGGUUUUUUAUCUAAUUGAUUAUAUCAUCUGGUUCUCGUGUC